GUAACACGGAACUGCUUUCUGUUUGCUGUGAUGUUGGACCCUUCGGAUGUUUGGAGGCUUUUAUUUUAGUCUCGGAAAACAACAAGCGUUUUUCCCCCCUCUUUUGCCUCGUUGGAAGCGCCUUUCAGGAGUAGAAUAAUUUAUAUCCAAGCUGCUUGUUUUGUCGUUCAGGUGGCCACCAGCACCAGGAUGAGCAACAGCCACCCUUUGCAGCCCCUGACCACUGUUUCAGAGAUCGAUCACAUCCACCUGCUGUCAGAGCAGCUGGGUGCACUGGCGCUGGGCGAGGAAUACAGCGACGUCACUUUCAUAGUGGAGGGCAAGCGGUUCCCUGCACACCGGGUCAUCUUGGCCGCCCGCUGCCACUACUUCAGGGCGCUGUUGUACGGUGGCAUGAAGGAAUCUCAGCCCCAGGUGGAGGUGAGUCUGGAGGAGACGCGAGCGGAGGCCUUCUCCAUGCUGCUGCACUACUUGUACACGGGUCGCGCCAGCCUCAGCUCAGCCCGCGAAGAGGUGCUGCUAGACUUCCUGGGCCUGGCCCACCGAUACGGCCUGCAGCCACUGGAGGAUUCCACCUCUGACUUCCUGCGCACCGUCCUGCACACCAACAACGUGUGCCUGGUCUUUGACGUGGCCAGCCUCUACUCCCUGAGUGCUCUCGGCACCGCGUGCUGCUCCUACAUGGACAAGCAUGCGCCCGACAUCUUGAACUCUGAUGGCUUCCUCACCCUCUCCAAGACAGCGCUGCUGACAGUGGUACGGCGCGACUCCUUUGCCGCCACUGAGCGUGAGAUCUUCCAAGCCCUGUGCCGCUGGUGCCAACAACGCUGUGAAAGCGGUGACACACAGGAGGUGAUGGCGGCCGUGCGCCUGCCGCUCAUGACCCUGACGGAGAUGUUGAACGUUGUGCGGCCGUCAGGCCUCCUCAGCCCCGACCAUCUGCUGGAUGCCAUCAAACUGCGCUCAGAGAGCCGCUACAUGGACCUCAACUUCCGCGGCAUGCUCCUUCCAGAGGAGAACAUUGCCACCAUGAAGCACGGGGCUCAAGUGACAAAAGGCGAGCUGAAGUCGGCACUGCUGGAUGGGGACACUCAGAACUACGACUUGGACCACGGCUUCUCCAGGCACCCAAUCGAGGAGGAUGGCCGGGCAGGCAUCCAGGUCAAACUUGGCCAGCCGUCCAUCAUUAACCACGUGCGUCUUCUGCUGUGGGACAAAGACAGCCGCUCGUAUUCUUACUACAUCGAGGUUUCCAUGGAUGAGCUGGACUGGGUUCGUGUGGUGGACCAUUCCAAGUAUCUGUGUCGGUCCUGGCAGAAUCUCUUCUUUCCCCCACGAGUGUGCAGGUAUGUUCGCAUUGUGGGAACUCACAACACGGUCAACAAGGUCUUCCAUCUCGUGGCCUUUGAGUGCAUGUUCACUAACCGCACCUUCACACUGGAGCAAGGACUUCUGGUGCCCACUGAGAACGUGGCCACGGUGGGGUCGUGUGCCAGCGUGGUCGAGGGUGUGAGUCGGAGCCGAAAUGCCUUGCUCAACGGUGACACGCGCAACUACGACUGGGACUCAGGCUACACCUGCCACCAACUGGGCUCGGGUGCUAUCGUCAUCCAGCUGGCUCAGCCCUACUGCAUUGGUUCCUUAAGGCUGCUCCUAUGGGACUGCGACGAGCGCUCCUACAGUUACUACAUCGAAGUGUCCACCAAUCAGCAGCAGUGGACCAAGGUGGUGGACCGCACCAGAGUGACGUGUCGGUCCUGGCAGACGCUCAAGUUUGACAAGCAGCCGGCCUCCUUUGUCCGCAUCGUGGGCACUCACAACACCGCUAACGAGGCUUUUCCAUGCAGGUCUUCCACUGCGUCCACUUUGAGUGUCCCGCCCAGUUGGACACGGCCGCGAACGAAAGCAGCUCGAGCCAGGACGCCUCAGAUUCGGCCCCGUCCUCUUCCUCACAGCCGCCUCGACCUCAGCGGCCGUCGCGCACCCACGGCCUGCUGCCGACUAACUCGUCUUCAUCUUCCUCACAGGCCAAUCACCGUUAAUGAUAACACUGCCACCACGGCGCCCCCUGCUGGAGGGUGUUUGGAGGACCGCCAUUUUUGCACAGCCGUCAUCUCACCAUCAUAACUCGUGCUGCUUUUUGUCACGUCCAUGCCCCUUUUUCGAGCCUUCGGUCUUCCCGACUCGUUUGAUACGUUUUUUUUUUUUUGGGGGGGGUGACUUUGCUACUUUGUAGACUACAGCUCGCUUCAGAGUUCCUAUCAAAUGUGAUCUAUUUUGAAGAAAGCGGGCGGCUAUUUUUGCAACGCCUUUGUAUGCAAACAGCACUUAAUCUCAUUAUGAUGUAUUUGCGUAUUCAACCAGCCUCCCCCAUUAGUGUUUGUUGACUAAACAUUUGGUCCUAUUUCCCCCCUUGUACCUCAAGAGAAACCCGACUGAGAUUGACACGUCAUCGACAAAUAUUACACGUUUGCUGACGAGGAAAGCAAUAAGUUGAUGGAAAUUGGGUCUGAGGGGCUCAGACCAACUCAUUCACACACUUGGGCUGCAAACAAGCAAAAAUAACUUUACACGACACGGGCAGCUGCUAUUGGCACUUUAUUAGACUCAAGUUGCGGAACUCAAGCUUACGUCUUGGGGUCUUUUGAAUGACCUAGUACUGGAGCUCCUGGUAUGUUCAGUGCACUUUUGUGCGCGCGUUCUUGAAAUGAAGAUAGUUUGUUGCAUUUUUGAGUUUGUUGAGAUAUUAUUUUCAAGCACAUGUAAAUGAUUGUUUCUAUCUGUUGUUAAGAACCUACUUCCUCUGAUGCAAGUCCUUAGACCCCUUGUCUAUUUAUUAGGAAACCCGUUAUUUUGAGCUAUUGCGUCCUUAGGAUUUUCAAAAUCAAAUGUGUUGUCUGAGAGGUUUUGUCUAUACCAUUUACUGUCUUAGAAUUUUGUUUUGUUUUGUGAAUCUCCCUGCAUAAUAUCCACCCUGGGGGAUGGGAAUCAUGAAACUACCAGUUCGAUGGAAAUGUGGUUGUUUGCGUUCAACUUCCUGUAAAGGCGUUCACGAAUGUCAAUUCUUGUUCUACUCAGCUGCUGUCCGAAGCUGGAAGUUUUUUUUUGUUUUGUUUUGUUGCUAUCCUCCUGAGUGUCAAAUAACAUUUAUUCCCACUAAUCUUA